AUGGAAUUUAAUUUUAAUUCAAAUUAUCCAGUUUUAGAAAGUGAAAGAUUAAUUUUAAAAAGAAUUACAAAAGAACAUGUUGAUUCAAUUUUUUUAAUGCGUUCUGAUAAAGAGAGUAUGAAAUUUGUACCAAGAGUAUUAGCAAAAUCAAAAGAUGAUAUUAUAGAAUGGAUUGAACAAAGUGAUAAAUUAACUGAAUCAAAUGAUUUAGUAAAUUUUGGUAUAUUUUUAAAAGAGAAUCCAAAUGUAGCAAUAGGUAUAAUUGGUUUCGUUAGAAUGAAUAAAUCAAAUCAUCGUGGUGAAAUUGGUUACCUUACACAUUCUAUUCAUCAUAGAAAAGGUUACACUUUUGAGGCUUUAAAAUUACUUGUUGAUUUUGGUUUUAAUAUUAUGAAUUUUCAUACAAUUGAGGCUUGUAUUGACCCAUUAAAUGAACCAUCAAUUAAUUUAAUAAAAAAGAUAGGAUUUAAUUUGGAAGCUCAAUUUAAAGAAAAUUUUUAUCAUCCAAUUUUAAAAGAAUUUAGAGACACAAAUGUAUACUGUAAAAUUAAUCCAAAUCAUAUAAAAAAUUAA